AUGGACCCUGCUCUGCAUGGGGCCCAGACCCUGUCCACGGGGACCACUGCCCUGACCGAGCCCGGGCUGCCCGGGGCCCGGACCGUGUCCACGGGGACCACUUCCCUGACCGAGCCCGGGCUGCCCGGGGCCCGGACCGUGUCCACUAGGACCACUGCCCUGACCGAGCCCGGGCUGCCCGGGGCCCGGAUCCUGUCCACUGGGACCACUGCCCUGACCGAGCCCGCGCUGCCCGGGGCCCGGAUCCUGUCCACGGGGACCCCACCCUGCUGCGGGCCAGGCCCUUCAAUGCUUUGGAUUACCAUCAGACAGACAUUUGAGAGGGUCCUGGGCCCAGGCCGGAUGCACCAUCACCCCAACUCGGGAGGGGUGGACAAGGGCCAAGGGCUGCCCAGCCUUUCUGCCCAGCUCCCGCCCCUGGGCCAGCCUAUGCUCUUGGGGCAGAGGAAGGGCAGAGGAUCCCUGGGGAAAGCGGGGACAGGCGCCGCCCGUGCCACCAACAGCCCACAGCCCAGGAACGCCCCACCUGCGGGCUCGGACCCCGUGGAGGACAGUAGCAGCUCCCCCGAGACUCACAACCCAGAGCUAAGCUCGAGUCUCCGCUCCCUGAACCUGGGCCGAGUUCGUGCCGCCUCCACCAACAGAGGAAGUGACGCCCGGCCACACAGCGGCCACGCACUUCCUCCCACACUGUCCCCACGCACAGCCUCCCUCGGCCCCAGCCGCCGUAUUGGGAGGGAGCUGGACAGCCCCUGGACCGGCCACGUGCAGCGCCUCCGGCCAGCAGCCCAGCUGUGGCCCCAGCUGACAGCCAGUGGCAAGGCUGCCGGUGAGUCCAGCCCCCAGCACUCGCGGCAUCUCCAGCCUCCAAGCCGCCGAAGCUGCGGCCGUCCAGAGCGGAAGAGCUGUCCCUUCCGGGCCCUGCGGAAAGGGCAGACGUGUGGGCACAGUGACUAG